AAACCUACAAAACAACCAACCUAACUCCAUGAAUCGUUUAAAUAUUUUUCAUCAUUAAAAAUCUUUUUUAACGAUUCUUUUGAUUUUAUUUUUUUAUAAUUUCUUUAAACUUUAACACACACAACAAACCUGCUGCUCCUCCUCCAUGUCGCUGUAUAGAAAAAUGAAACAUUUACACAGAAUUACCCAUGUAAGAUGGCGUUUAACAAUGUUAUCCUCCUGCAGCAUACCUUGGCUACAUUUAAGCUCAUUACUCAUAAUCCUGCUCAGCUAUCAGACACAAUUUAGCCAGGCAUUUUGUCCCUCCAAGUGUCAGUGUUUGGGCAGUGAUGCCAAUACGAAGGCGUAUUGUGUGGAUGCCGCUUUAGAAGAUGUGCCAAUACAAUUGAAUCCCGAGACCAAAUAUAUUAAUUUAACCUUAAAUAAAAUACGCAAUAUAGAGUUUACACUGCCCUUCUAUAUGAAAUUGGAGAUAUUGGAUUUGUCGCGUAACAUUAUCGAGACAUUGGGUUCGAAAAAUUUCGAAUACCAAACGGAAAUGAGAACCUUGAAUUUGAGUCAUAAUUCGGUGAGCUCUUUGCAAAAGGAUGCCUUUAAGGGUUUGACUAAUUUGUUGGUUUUGGAUUUAAGUUUCAAUCGCAUUGAUAUGGUACAUGCCUCCGCCAUGAAUGAUUUGUCCACGCUGAUAGAAUUGGAUUUGACGAAUAACAAUAUUGUUAGUUUGGAGGAUAAUACAUUUCGGAAUUUAGUGUCUUUAGAAAUGUUGAUAUUUAAAAAUAAUCAAUUGCUGGAUGUACCGGCGAAUAACUUGCAACAUUUGCAUUCGUUGAAAUCACUGGAUUUGUCUGACAAUCUGGUUGAGUAUGUGCGCAAUGAUAGCUAUGAGGGCCUGCGAGAACUGGUGACGCUGACGGUGCGGGGUAAUGUUAUAAGUGAAUUGGAUUUGAGUGCUUUUGAGGGUUUGAUAACGCUGAAGCAUAUGGAUUUGGCGGAUAAUAAUUUAACGAUGGUGCCUACCCAACAACUCUCCAAACUCUCAAAUCUUACCCACUUAACCUUAAGCGGUAAUCGUUUUACCUAUUUGCCUGCAGUGGGUUUUCUAAAUCUAUUCCAUUUAAGAGAAUUACAUUUAAAUCGUUUAGAUUUUCUGCAACGCAUUGACUCUAGAGCUUUUGUAGACAACACCCACUUGCAAAUAUUGUAUCUGAACAACAAUCCUUUGCUCAGCGAUAUACCCAUGCGUAUGUUCCAAGGCAAUCCCAAUAUUGUGGAGGUCUAUAUGCAGGCCAACAGCCUGCAAACCCUGUAUGCCGCCCAAUUUCCCAUCGAUCAAUUGGAAAAGCUUUAUUUGGGCGACAAUCCUUUGCAGUGUAAUUGUACGCUUUUCUGGCUGUGGCGUUUGGUAACGGGUAAUUUUGAUAAUGGCCAGCAGGGCAAUGAACUGAAACCCGACAAUAUGAUGAUGUCACAUGAUGCUGGCUCUGUGGCAGCUUUGGGUGCCGAUUUGAACUCUGAAACGGAUAAUAAUUUAGUUAGGGUGGCGGCCUAUGUGGCCGAACGUAAAAAGGAUGUUAGCUCGAAAUUCAAAUACACCAAUCCGGCGGCUGCUAUGAAUAGUGGCUACUUGAAAUUGGACUCGGAACGUAUAGGCUGUGAGAUAUGGCAUGAUAGCAAGAGGACACGCAAACAUUUGGCCGCCAUGACAGAGGGAGAAAUCACCUGUCCAGCACAUGUGGUGACCAUAGUGUGUGCCGUGCUAACGUGUUUGCUGGUUGUAAUGACCGGUGCCAGCAUAGUUUUCUAUAUGAGAUUUGUUAAGCGCCGCAGGAAGUUAAUGCAUGAUCGCAGUUUACGCUCGGGCAAGUCCAUAGUCAAUGUACAUGAUCGCAUCUUGCCGCAUCAACCCUUGAGCGCUCAAUCAAAUGGUGGCAUACCAGGCACUUUGAUGAAUGGCUCAUAUCCCCAUCAUACUCUGCAAAGCCAAAGAUCAACACUACCCCAUCAUCAUAAUAUGCAUCCUCUGCAUCAUCAGGAAUAUCAUCAAACCCUGCCCCAGGUGGAUAAACUGGAAUUGGAAAGAUAUCUAACAGCCCAGGCCAUAGCCAAUGAAUAUAGAGCCUUGAAGCCCUGGGAAUUGCCACCAGUAAAGGACUCAAAUACCUAUACCGAUGAACCUGAACAUUUAUAUGAGAAAUUCGAUCAUUACGACUAUCCCGAUGCUCAUACAGCAAUGUCGAAAACAACUAAUGGUAAACAUAUGAUGAAUUCCCAGAAUAAACAUUCAACAACUGGUCUUUUAAGCAGUAGUGGUGGCCUGAAUAAUGGUGUGGGAAGUAUGAUUAAUACAAUGGGUGGUGGUGGUGUUGGUGGUGGUGGUACUCUUAAUAAACCUCAUAUAGUUUAUGUAUGAUAUAAUGGUAGAGAAAAGUUGAUCAUUGAUGAAGGAUCUUCUAGUGAUACUGUGGCAUUAAGCAAUUGUUUAAAUAAUAAUUAUAAUACAAUGUGUAGUUAUAUAAAAUUAGUUUAAAAACCAACAAAACAAGCUCUUAUUAUUAAUACUAAACUAUCAAAAAAAAAAAGCAUGUUAAACAUUUUGGUUGAAAGCAAAUUCUUUAUGAAAAAAACGGCCAGUUUAUUUAAAAUUAAAAACAACACAAACAACUUCUAACCGUUUCUCCCCAACUACUUACCGAUAUUUACUUAGUAAAAAUAUUAUACAAACAAACCAACCAACCAACAUACUCGUACAUAAAUAAUUUAUUAUUAUUUAACUUGGCAAAAACAGGGAACUUAUUUAGCAUGAACAAAAAAAUAAAAAAAGAAAACAAAAUUAUAAACUUUGUAGUAAACUAAAACUUAAAACAACUAAAGCAAAAAAACAAAGAACUAAAAGUUAAAGUUAAAGUAAAAUACAAAGUAUAGUAGAGGAUUUAUUUAGUAAUGAAAGUAAAUGCAUAAAUAUUUAAGCAAAAAGGUGGUAAAGAGGAACAGUUAAGAGGAACUAACUCAUAUAAAUACAUACAUACAGACAUUAACUAUAAAAAAUAUUUUAAAACUUUUAACAAUUUCC